AGUGCAACUAUAUACGUUCGAACAGCAAAAUCUGUAAGACAUGACAUUGACUUCAAAAUUUCAUUCCUGAGAACACCUAGUAGACUGACCUGAAAGGCAGCCCUGUUACCUGAGAGAUGUCGGACAAAGAAGGUACAUACUCCAUUAAAGCUUUAUCUGCCGUUGAAGAUUGCUUUGAACGAGUAACUGGGCCCUGGGGAUUCAAAGAGAUGAAUGAGAACAUGGACCGACCUCUAAACUCAUCUGUUGAUACGCUGUUCAACAAUGCACAAACAGACCUCAACGGUGGAGAGACAAAGUGGCGCGGGGAAGCAGGGUUGCAUAAGGGUGAAUAUGAGCGCAGCGUGUUAAGGGCAAAGGCUGAGUUGCCCAACAUCAAAGCUGGUAUUGGGGGAUCGAUGGAAAAAGGAUAUAGUGGGCACAWUGACUACGCAUUAGGGAAGGCUGAAAUAGACAUGGGCGUGUUGAAGGUGGAGGGCAGCUUGCCCAGCGCUAGUGGUGCUUUUCAGGCAACAACCGAUGGAGCAAAGGUAAUGCUCAAGGUCAAAGGUGCCUCUGCAUCCGUUGGUCCGGUGAAGUGGCCAGUGGCAGUUGAUACAGGCUUUGAAGUAGGCAAGGAUGGGGUCACUGUACAAGUUCUGGGUACAGGCGUCUCUSUCAAGGAUGGAAAUGUGGGUCUUUCUCUCUUCGGCAGCAAGUUGGAGUUCAACCUCUCGUGAAACACCACCGCUCAGAGCUCAGAGGUCCACUGCUUUGGAGACUGUAUUCAUUCCACCUGUUAAGUUCUCCUACAGCCUACAGACAAGGCUUCAGGGCCAUAUAUGUGCUUGGUUACUUUUACACUCUUAAUGAAAACAGCUGUAUGUAUUGUACUUAAUAAGUGGACUGUAAACCCAGGCCCUGCAGCCCCCAGCACCAGUCCCAUUCUCCAGGCGCUCUCAUUUGUUAACUUCUGUAACCGU